AUGGCGGCGUUGAGCACCUAUGCGCUGCAGCGGCCUCUUGAGGAGCUGCCGUUGUCACCGUCGACCCCGUGCCGCUGCGUACGCCCUCAUAGGAGCGGUCGCUGGUGGAGGUUCCAGUGGCGGUCGGAGCAGGUCCUUGCAGCUGCAGCUUUAUGGAGCGUGCGACGGUGCAGGCGCGCGGCACCGACUACCACGCGGGUGGCCAAUACCGCCAAAGAUGUGCAGGUUGCGGAGGAGCUGCUGGUCGCCUGUCGAGAUGGCAAGUCCAACACGGCUUUGCAGCUCCUGCGCGAGAAGCCUGAGCGCGUGCGGGAGGCGCUGCUACGCCCAGCCGCCCAAAGACAACUGACACCUUUGCAGUGGGCCUGCAGCCGGAACUUGUACGAGGUGGUCGAGCACUUGACACAGCACUUUGUGGGAGACGUUCGCCCUUCCAUCGACUACUGCCUCUUCAAUGUCAGCCGCCGCGGCUACACCAGCAUCGCCGAGCUUCUGAUCCAGCGCUUCCCGGCUGAGGCCGAAUCCUCGGCUGGGCGCGAUGUGGUUGAGGCCGCCAGGUCUGGGCAGGGCGGGAUUGUUCGGCUCCUCUCCGACCGCUUUCCCAGCGCCGUCCGGGCCGUGGCUUCCGAGGCGCUGUACGAGGCCUGUGGAGCUGCUUCGGCACAAAUUGCCAAUCAGCUCCUCAGAGAUUUCCCGGAGGAAGCCCGGGCUUCGAUGGAGCCAAAUGCAGCGGACGAGACCCCUCUACUGCGAGCGUGCCAGACAGGCUUGGUGGGGGUGGUGAGGCGCCUCCUGGAGCAGUUCCCGGAGGCCAAGGGAGCGCUGGAGGUGAAAGACUCAGCUGGCAUGACCCCUUUGGCCUGGGCCUGCGAGAACGGUCACGAUGCCAUCGUGGAGAUGGUGUUGCGAAGGUUCCCGAAUCUGGCGGAAGUGGCCCCGAUCGAGCUGGAGGAGGAGGAGCUCGAGCAGAGCCCGGAGAUGAUGCAGCCGAAGAACCGCGAGAACAUGGCCAAGAGCGGCUAUCGCCUCGUGGGGAGCCACAGUGCUGUGAAGCAGUGCCGCUGGACUCGGAAUGCCAUCCUAGGCCAAGGCCAAUGCUACAAGCACACCUUCUAUGGGAUCAACUCGCACCAGUGCAUGGAAGCAACGCCAUCCGUGGCCUGUGCCAACAAGUGCACCUUCUGCUGGCGGAAUCACGAGAACCCGGUGGCCACCUCCUGGGAUUUCAAGAUGGACGACCCCGACUGGAUCGUGCAGGAAAGCAUCCGCAACCACCUGGAACUCGUGGAGGAGGUCUCUGAGUCCCCGCACGCGCUUCCUGACCGCGUCCUCGCAGCGCGUUCGGUGCGCCAUGUGGCUCUGUCCCUGGUGGGGGAACCGGUGCUGUACCCCAAAGUGGCGGAGUUCGUGUCGUCGCUGCACAAGCGCCGCAUCUCCACUUUCUUCGUGACCAACGGACAAUUCCCGGACCAACUUGCGGAGCUCCCCUGGGUGACACAGCUGUACGUCUCUUUGGAUGCACCCGAUGCCACAACCUUGCGGGAUGUCGGUCGUCCCCUUUUCCGAGACUACUGGGAUCGUCUGCGAAGGUCUCUGGCUGUUCUGCGCGAAAAGCAUCCGAAACAGAGGACGGUCUGUCGAAUGACGGUGCUCAAAGGCGUGGCUGAGAACGAUGAGGCCUGUCAAGGCUAUGCCGACCUGAUCAACAUCUCGCGGUGUGAUUUCGUGGAGAUCAAAGCUGCGACAUAUUCACCCGUGUGGGACAAGCGCAACUCUGGACUCUCGCGGGACAGUAUACCGAGGCACGACGAUGUGCUGCAGCUUGCUCGCCUCUUAGUCUCCAAAUUGCCCAUGUAUGGGAUCGCGGCAGAGCAUGAGCAUAGCUUCUGCAUCCUUCUCGGGCGACGGGACCGCUUUUAUGAGCCAUUUGGCGCGAGGUGGAGGACUUGGAUCGAUUUCGACAAGUUCGCCGACGCCGCCGAGAAAGGAGAGACCCUGGACGCAACAGACUUUGCCGCUGAGACGCCCCCUUGGGCGCUGCACCAAGGUACAUCGAACCGGUACGAUGGGAAGAUCGGGUUCGAUCCGCAGGAAGUGCGCCGCUUUCGGCGUCCGAUGCCACGACUGACUCGAUGUGAGAAGAAGAAGCUGUGGCCCAAACACAAGAUGAUGGUGGAUGUGGCCGUCCUCACACCAAAGGAAGGGCUCGACGAGGCUGCGCAGGCACAGGAGCUCUUAAAGCAGCCGCAUGUCCGCAGCGUAACCAUCUUCGAGCCCGUGGGCACCGGGCACGACAAAGAAAGGGUCGGGGUGCGCUACGUGGCCGGUGACCCCGACCUGAACAUCACGUACAAAGAGGCUGGACUGGCUUUCAAUGUGGACCUGGACCGGCGCCUGAGUCGUCUGAGCAAGAGCCAGGGUGGCAUACAUGAGCGGGAGCGCAUCUGUCAGCUGGUGCAGCCUGGAGAGCGCGUCCUCGUGUUGGGCUCGGGUAUCGGUCUGACAGCCUGCUUGCUGGCAGCCCGCACCGCCUGCAGAGAGGUCGUGGCUUUGGAGCCCGACGAGGUGAAAAACGAGUUUGCUUUGGCGAACAUCAAGGCGAACAAACUCGACGGCAAGGUCUCCAGCCUUUGCCGCAGCUCGUUAGAUGUUGAAGGCCUUGGCCGGUUUGAUCGCAUCUGUGCAUUCCUCAAGUUCCAAGCUCUGGAAAACCUCGAGCCGCUGGUGCCGGCAAUAAGAGAGGGCGGGACGCUGCACUUCUACAACCACGAGUCCAAGGAGGAAUAUCAAUGUGAACCUACCGAACUGCUGCGUUCCAUGGAAGGUCACAUACUCCUCCUGACAGAUGGAGUCCCCACCCAUGGAGAUCCAGAGGCCCUUGCAGAGAGGGCCUUGGCAAAGCGGCUGGGGGUCGUCAUUCAUACCGUCUACUUGGGAUGGUCGGUCUCCCUGACACUCCUGAACAAGCAGCUCUCUGCAGAGAUCCCCUACCCUUGGACCAUUGUUCUGCUGCAGUGCUUGGCAAGCAUUCCAUUCACGCUGCUUGCAAAUGCACGGCUGCGGCAGAUCAAAGCCAUCCGCUGGUCACACUUCCCUGGAGGAAUGCUGGUCUCCAGCCUCUUCACACUGUGUUUGACCAGCAGCCUAGUAGGCCUGAGACGGGUGCACGUGCCAAUGGUCGUCGUGGGCAAAAACUUGGGCCCGUUCUGCACUGCCAUCUUGGAGUCUUUGCUCUUGGAG